CAAAAGUAUAAUUUGACUACUUAAAGUCUCUAUAUGCCAUGGUCACAAGGUAUGACACGAGCGGGUUAUAAAACCAAACUGCAAUAUGACGCAGAAUGUAGAAUCGAAAAAACCUAUGGUAGACAACUCAGGGACAACAUAUAUGUAGGAUAGGACACGGAUACAGAAGUCAAUGAAUAAGGUCCAUGCAUGCUGGCCAGGGAAAGAACUGUGAUUAGACGACUUAAAUACAAUCUUACUGACCAAGUGGAAAAUGGAGAAGAAACCAGAAGAGAAAAAGGCCUUCUGGUGGUGUAGAAUUGUGGUGAACAGACCAAAGUUGACAUUUGGUUUAACCCUUGGGUGCCAUGUACUGUUUGUAAUCAUAACAGUAGUUUUGUUAGUGAUUGGAUUUAACAUCUUCCCCCUUGUUUUGGAUGGUCUACCCCUGCAGCUCGUCGACGAUCCUGCCUUUCUCAACCGUGAGGCGUGGAGACAUAGGGACGUGGAUCUACUGGAAGAACUACUAGAGGGUGAUUAUUACGGGGACUAUUAUGACUACUAUGAGUAUGAGGAGGACGACGAAGAAUCCACUCGGAAAAAACGAUCCAUUAUUAGACCAAUGAUGCCAUCAGAUAAAUUCAAAUCGAACCCCAUGAUAGACCCGGCUAUAGAUGAUAAUCUGAAGAAUUUGUUUACGUUACAGCUCAAUGUUAAUAGUAUUGAAGAAUCUGGACGACUAGCAGAUGGUUAUAUUCCUGAGUUUAAAUGUGAGGGGCAUUGUGAUCGAAACAAGUGUUCCAACUUUAAAGAGGAAGUAUGUACCUUUGAGAUGAAUGAGAUGAUUACUCACAAUGGAAAAUCUAGACGUAAACGAGCGGACGACAUUGAAACUGAUGAAGUACAUGAACGAGAGCGGCGUCUGACAGGACUUACGCUAAUCUAUGAGCAACCCGGGGGUAAUGUUUUUACUAAGGAGAAUCUCAUGAAAAUAGCGAAGUUUGAGUUCAUGCUCUAUAAAAUGGAAUCUUACCAGGAAGACUUUUGCCAUCUACGGAAGAUAUUUGGAUUCUGGGUUUGCGCUCCGUUUCUAUCCGUAUUGCGAUUCUUCGAUGGGACGUACCAAGGAAUACACGAUGACUUGUAUGAUCCGAGUUUCACCAACAUAACAGGAUUGUUGCACCUAGCAAAUACACACGAAGACACCAAAGACUCAUUUCGCUUCUUUCUUGGAUCGAAAAGUGAAGUGAAUUUUACUAAAAACGUAGCAUCAUCAGAGAUCACACGAUCUCAAAUGUCAUUUGGUUACCCCAUGAAAAGGAUUAAUAAUGAUACCGAAGACUAUGACUCCCACUACAGAGUUUGGAGAUCAUGGGCAUAUAAAUCAGUGUUUCCUUUACUUACCGAUCGUUUUGAAAACGGAGUUGGAAAUUCAAGUCCAUUGAAAUUCUUUUUUGAGAAUUCAGGAUUGUAUUGGCGCGAAGCAUUUGACACCAUCUUGGAAGAUUGGAAAUUCUUGAUUGGUAGUUUUGCAUUCAUAUUCGUAUUCAUGUGGAUACAGACUGGCUCACUGUGGAUAACUGGUUUUGGAAUUUUGAGCAUUAUUACUAGUUUUGUUGGAGCUAACUUAAUUUACAAUGUUGUUCUGAAUUUCAAGUUUUUUGGAAUUUUUAACGUCCUCGCCCUCUUCAUUGUGCUUGGAGUAGGAGCAGACGACAUCUUCAUCUUCACGGACGCCUGGAAAUACACUGCGCGACAAAGCUAUCCUUCAGUGGAACAUCGACUCUCAGCCUGCUACAAAAGAGCAUCCGUUGCUAUGUGCGUAACGUCCCUGACAACUAUGGUGGCAUUCUUAGUCAGUGCGUUUUCACCUUUGUUAGCAAUUUCAUCAUUUGGAGCUUUUGCAGCAACGACGAUCUUUGUGAAUUAUUGCUCUGUCAUUGUUUUCUUUCCCACAGUAAUAGUGGUACAUCAUUUAUAUUUUGAGAAAAACAAUUGCCUGUGUUGCCAUAUUGGAAAAAGGGAGCAACUUUUGGAGGAUCAACAAGUCGAGGUCGGAAUAGACAAUAACGCAGACAUUGCAAUCGGUGUCGAAAAGCCAAGUGAAUUAAAACAUUGUUCGUCUAAACAAGAACUUACUCCAACUGAUACUCUGCACAAGAAGCAAAAGAAAAGAAAAUCAUUGCAUUUCUUUAUUGUUGAUUUCUUUGGAGGUAUCUUCUUCAAGUUUGUCUCACACAAGGUGGUCAGAUUUGUCAUCAUAGCGGUCUUCAGUCUUGUCACAAUUGGUGGUAUAUACUUUACAACUACGAUAGUUAUCGACGAUUCUGAUCUUCGUCUUUUUAAACAUCAUACGAACAACGAACAAGCAAAAGAUCGAAUGAACUUCGCAUUCAAACCAACCUUAAGUACCAGAUACAUAGAUAUAACUGUUGUAUUCGGUUUGAAGAAACAGGAUAGAACUAUGUGUCCAAGGAAUGAGUACGAUCCAUUGGCACCGUGUAAGGGUGUAUCUGUAUGGGGGAACUUGGACCUCACAGAUACAGAAAGCCAGAUGGCUCUUCUGGAAUUAUGCCAAGAUAUACGGAACAUGAAAGGAGAUACACAGAAAAGGCUGAGGCUGAAUGAAGACCCAAUAUUGAAAACAAACAACAUGACAUGCUUCAUGGAGGGAAUGCACGAUUUCUUUAAAGAGGAAGGGACGAAGCCACAGUACCCAGCAGAUACGGACCUGUCAUUACCCAUCACUUUGGAGAAAAUGUACACAAUUAUGCAACACAACCCCACAGUUUACAAAAAUGUAUCCAAAGACGUUAUUUCAAGGCCAUUUGAGAUGGCGCUUGACUUCUGGUUAACAGGAGGCCAGCAUCUAUACACUAAUGAUUCACUAUGGGGUGAUUACGAGAAAUACAUGGGGUUUGACCGAUUACCCGAUGAAAUCGAAGAGGAUAACCUAGGAACCCGACCCAAAAAGGUUCCGAUACAUCAGUAUACGAUGAGGUACGCUGCUUUUGAAGUGUUCACUGAUGCACCUGCGAGGAAUUUGCCUUUACAAGAUGGUCUCGACAUGAACAAAUAUUGGGAUGAAUAUUUGGAGGGAAAGAUGUCGAAAAUGCCAGAGAGUUUAAACGAAGGAUUCCACACAACCUAUAUCUGGCAUUGGUUACGUGUCAAACAGACGAUUGCAAUACAAGGUGUGACAGGUGCAGGGGUUGGUGUUGGAUUAUCAUUCGUAGUGAUCUUUCUUGCCACCCAGAACAUAAUCCUUGGAGUUGUAUCCACUCUCAUACUAGGCGCUGUAUCAGUCUGUGUCAUAGCUCUUAUGCCCCUGAUGGGAUGGAAACUAGGGGUCCUAGAAGGAUUGAACUUAUGUCUAGUAGUAGGACUAGCUGUGGACUAUAUUGUUCACCUUGCGGAGGGAUAUAGGAUGUCAAAGAAUGUAAAUCGGCUGGACCGUUUACAAGAUGCCCUGGAGCAGUCAACGAUAAAUGGCAAGUGCAUCACUGGUUUACCCUCAUGCUAUUAUUAG